AUAAAAUUGAAUGGGUACAGGAGUGUUCAGCAUCUCAAUUCGCAAAUCCCCAAUUCAACUCCAACAAUGUCCACAUCAAAAACAAUCUCAGAAGCACUGAAUCUCAUCGACACGAAGAAACAAAAUCUCAAAAAAGCCUUCGAAAAUCUCCAACCCCACUGUCCCUUCCUUCAUUCCCUUCCUCUUUCAUGGCUCGAACUCGAUUCCCACUUCACCUCUCUCCAACACUCCCUCACUAACCGCUUCCACAUCCUCCAAUCACUCGAACAAUCACAUUCAAAAUCCCAAUCAAAAGCCCUAACUAACUACGCUAACCCUAACAACCGAACAUCCAAACACGCUAACUAUCCGUCCCACCCAUCUGAUGCUUACGGCAUUUUGUCGAACCAGAACAAAUUGAACAUUCUGUGUGAGAAGAUGGAUGGUGUCGGGUUGAUGAAUUACGUUAUCGAUAAUCUCAAGGAUAAAGUUAGGGUUCAGGAGGAACUGAUUGAAGCAUUUCGAUAUGCGCCGGAUGUAGGGGUGUUGGUUCUGCAAAUGCUGGAAAGGUUUCAUGGGUUGAAAUUGAAUGGUGAUUGUAAUGAUUGGAGAUCGAGGAGGAUGGGGAGGGUUUGUGUUAUGUUGUUAAGGGUUAUGAGUUUUGGUGGUGUGAAUGUGAGUUAUAAGGCUAGGGAGAAAGCGUUGAAGGUGGCUGUUGAUUGGAAAGGGAGUUUGAUGGGUGAUUGUGGAAAUAUUUUGAAGGCGUUGGGGUUUAUGUAUUUGGUUUAUGUGUUUGGUAUUGUUUCUGAGUUUAGCAUGGAUGAGCUUGUUGAAAUUUCUACCGUGGCUGCAGUUAAUGUCGAGUUCAUGCAGCUUUGUCGUGAUGUUGGUUUGACAGAUAGGGUUCCUGAGAUUGUUCAGAAACUUGUUGAUAAGGGCAAAUAUGUUCUGGCUGUCAAGUAUGUUUUUGAGUUUAAUCUUGUUGAUAAGAUUCCACCAGUUCCUAUUUUGAAAGCGUGUGUGGAUGCAUCUAAGAAACUUGCUAUAAGACUUUCCCAGGAAGGAAGGCCAUGGAUAGAAGUUACUGAUAGAGAAAUGCGUGUACUGAAAACGGUAAUUGAGACUAUUGAGAAUUAUAAGCUUGAAUCUGAAUAUCCACGAGCUAGCCUGGAGCAGCGUAUAGAGCAGUUGAAGGGGAAGGGUGCAAAUAUGAAAGACAGAUCACCAGCUUCUAUUCUAAAUAGACAUACACUACAACGACGGCAACGAAAGAGAAGAAUGAAGAAGCAGCAGCAAAAUGGGAUCAAGCUUCCUCGAACAUUCACUUCAGUUGGUCCAGAAGCUGUCCUCAUGAGUGUAAGUGAUAAUAAUUCAACAAUAUGCCAGUACGAACAACCUCUUGUCAGGCCCUCAGGUUUGCUUCCAAACCAUCCAAAUCCAUACACAAGCUCACCAGCCACUCCGCUUGGCAUCGUCGCCCCUACGCCAACCAUGCCUUCUUACACGAGUCCUUCAGCUGGUCCCAGCGGAAACCCCAACCUAGGUGGUUCUCAUCUAAACUCAUCAGAGCCAAAUGUGCCAUCUGCUUAUUAUGAUGGGGAAGUGGCGUGAAAACGUCAAGACAUAAACUCUUGACCUCUCUGAUUCUGGCUACGUUUUGUGUCAUUUAAGCAGCUGAAGCCAAGGAAAAAAGAAGAACAUCAAUGAUAGAAAAUAGAAAAAAUUUCCCUAUCAAUGGUGAUGAUUGCAUUAACUUAAAGAAAAUGAUUAUUUAUUUGGCACUUAAAUUUCAUGUGAAUGCUUCUAGUUCUGUAUUCUUCAAGUUGAUUGUGCUAGUCUUAUGGUGAAGGUAUGAUCAUUCAUGAAGCUUCUAUAUUCAUUUUCAUUAGCUGCAAGUAACAAGUUGCUUCUAGUUUUUAUUUUAGUUUAGUUUGCACUAGUUGUGAUUGAAAAUAGUAUUAUAAGUUUUAAGUCAAGGUAUUAGAGAAAUUGGAAACUAUUCUACCUAAGAAGUGAUAUUCUACCUAUGAAAGGAUGUGUCUGUAUUACAUGUUGCUGUUGUACAUAUUGAAAUUUAUUGUAGUUGUGCCUCUCACCUUUAUAUAACCCUGAUUUUGAUGGUUUUUGUAAUGUAACAUGUAAGAGACUUUGUUAUAUAUGUGUGGAAAUGUUUACUUAGGUGUUUGCUUGUUGAGACGUAUACUCAGUGUGUUCCUAUAAAAUGGGUCAUGAAAGACUGGCCAGCUUUCUUGGUUUUUGCUAGUGACUGCUGAGAAUUUAAUUAGAACAAAAUAGACAAUUCAUCUUAAAAUGCAGAAGAAAACAGGAAGUUCUUUUUACUAGCUUGUAAUAAUGAGUGAAUUGUUUUAUAUUUUAAAGUUUCUGUUAUUUUCUUGUUUGAUGUAGAUAAAUUAUGUAAUUCGUACUUCACAAAAUUAAGAGUUUCUUUUAUCAACUGAUAAAGUUAGGGAAAAGUAAAAGAAGUGGAGUUGUGCCUUUUUAGAAAUUAUUAAUCAAUAAAUAUUGAAAAUAACUGUUGUAGUAUUGAUUUAUUGUAGUUUUCAUGAUGAUUAAAUAUUAAUGUGUAAAUGAUAUGGAAUAAUUUGCACGUCCAUAUAUGUUGACAAAUGUCAGCGGAAGUAUUGAAGCUAAAUUGAAUGUGAAAAAUCUGUGAUAUUUUCCAUUAAUUGAGCAAUCGGUACAUGGGUCAAUAUAUAGGUUUUUGUACAAAACAGAAUUGGGCCAGGAUAUAAAAAGAAUAAGUAAAUGGGCCUAUGACUAAGUGGGCUUAUGUUUUAACACCCCCCCUAAAACUGGAAUGGAUAUUGAGCAUUCCCAGUUUUCAAAACAAUGAUUGAAACGGGCCAAAGUGAAGAGAUUUUGUAAAUAAGUCAGCAAUUUGAUUGUUGGAGUUGAUCGACAUCAGAUGUAUUAUCUUGGACUGGAUUUUGUCGCGAACUAAGUGACAGUCCAUUUCGAUAUGCUUCGUUCUUUCGUGAAAGAUUGGAUUUGUUGCGAUGUGGAUUGCGCUUUGAUUGUCGCAGUAGAUGUUGACUGGUGCGGGAUGAUUUAUGUUGAAGUCUUGAAGUAGAUAUAGCAGCCAUUGAGCUUCACAAGAAGUGUUGGCUAGAGCGCGGUAUUCCGCUUCUGAAGAUGAGCGAGACACGACGGGCUGUUUCUUUGAUUUCCAGCUGACAAGGUUGUCACCUAGGAAGAAUGAGAAUCCAGUUGUUGAGCGUCUUGUAACGGGGCAAGCUCCCCAGUCAGAGUCGGUGAAGCCAGUGAGGAUGAGAGAUGAAUCA